GUCCCAAUGACCAGCAACUUCUCACUCCAACGGUUAGACCCUUGGAAGUUGCAUUUGAACAAGUCUAUAUGCUCCAACAAUGUCGACGAAGAAGCUGCUCACUCCUCUCUCCGCCAUUCUCCGGCGAACCCUAACUCCGACUACCGCUCUUUUCACCUUCAACUCCUCAAGAAAUUUCCAAUCUCCCGCUUUUUUUUCGUCCAGUGUAGAAGCGGACCGCCGCCUUUUCCCGUUCGGCGGAUUUGGUUUUCCCGGGAAUCACAGAAUUCCCGGGAAAUGCUUCGUCAGCUCCCAAUCGGCGGAGAAAGCCGACGCUAAGUGCUGGAACUGUAGUGCCUCGCCCGAAGCGGUGCCGUUUCUGUUGUGUUCGUCUUGUCGGUGCAUUCAGCCGGUGGAUCAGUCAGUGGAUUACUUUCAGAUAUUUGGACUGGAGAGAAAGUACGAUACCAAAGUGGACGAUUUGGAGGGGAAGUAUAAAGCCUGGCAGAAAAAACUGCACCCUGAUCUUGUUCAUACUAAAUCAGAGAAAGAAAGAGAGUAUGCAGCUGAACAGUCUGCUCGGGUGAUUGAUGCAUACCGCACACUAAGCCAGCCCUUGGCAAGGGCAAUUUACAUUCUGAAGCUUGAAGGUGUGGACGUUGAUGAAGAAGAGACGCUUUCAGAAUCAGAGUUGCUAACUGAGAUUUUGGAAAUCAGGGAAGCUGUUGAAGAGGCUGCUGACUCUCAGGCUUUGAAUGAGAUUCAAUCUCAGAUGAAAGAGAAACUAAAGCAUUGGUCCGACAUUUUUACAAACGCAUUUCGUAGCCGCAACUUUGGAGAGGCUCUAAAAGCUAUCCGGAGAAUGACUUACUAUGAGCGUGUAAAUGAAAGUGUUGUAAAGAAGCACUAAUAAAGAUGGAUAAUGCUAAUGAGGCCAUCAUCCGGCAACUUUCAGGCUCUUAGGAUCUCAAACAGUAUGGUUCUUGAGCAAACAAAGUUUAACUGCACCAUUGACAAGAAGAUUUCGCAACAAAGUCCAGGUUUUAAUUGAAGACCUGGGUUGAAAUUUUUCCCGCGUCGUUUGGAUAUAAAUUAAACAUUGGAAAUACGAAGAUUGAGCUGAGAUUUGUUGGAGCUGCGAAUAUUUUUCCAUCGUAUGAUUCUGUAAUCUUAUGAAGAUGGUUCAGAGGCAGCUCUUAAUAAUCACUCAUGUUUGUUACAUUUCGUGUCUGUCGAAUUACUUGAAUUCAGUGGCUGUAAGCGUUGUUGCCUGAUUCGGCUGGACGAUAGAGUUGAUUGCUUCGGGAUUAAUUUUUCAUUUCGAAAAUUCGUUUGAUCCUCAA